AUGGCCACACUCAUUCAUGACCACGUUGGCAUUGUGGAAGGACUCAUGACCUCAGUCCAUGCCAUUACUGCCACCCUGAAGAUUGUGUGGAUGACCCUUCUGGGAAGCUGUGGGGUGAUAUCUAUGAAUGACGGCUGCAGGGUUGCCCAGAACAGCAUACCUGAAUCUAUUGGCACUGCCAAGGCUGUAGGCAAUGCUAUCUCAAAGCCGACCAGGAUACACACUGGCAUGGUCUUCCAUGUUUCUAACCUCAGUGUAUCUGCUAUGGACCCUACAUGCUCACUGGAGAAAGCUGUCAAGUACAAUGACAUCAAGAAAAAGGUACAGCGGCCAUCAGAGAGCUAG